CAAUAUUAUACUACAGCCAUAUUAUGCAUUGACCCUGGCCCUCGCUGCAAAAACUCGACUUAAACUCUUCCUUCAACCUAGACUCUUAUAAAUCUCCGUUCGUCGUGCCAUCCCACUGGAAGAAACGCUGUCACAGUUAUUGAUAAUAUAAUAGCUUAUCUGUAUAGCCAAGCCUGUACCAACUUUACUAGCCCAAUUCAGAUCACGAGAACCAUCCACGAGAAAUGCGAGCGAUAUGCACUGUUCAUUAGCGUGGCCUGGACACCAGGUGCCAAGUUAGGGGCUAUUGAAUGGCUUUACAUUCUAAUUAUAACAUCCCUUCUCUAGCCUUCAUUUUGUUAUCGCUGCGAGCACGGGACAUGUCAUGCGCCCACAAAGAAGAUAUGCGUAGCGGCCUAUCUGACAGUAUCUCUCAGGUACGAGACCAUACAUAUACCACAAUAAAGCCUGAAUCAUAUCUGCGUUAUCUCUCUCUCCUAACAAUGACUACAGUUUCGUUCAGAGAGAAAAUCAAAGGCAUAGGCGGCGAUGCAUCGUACGAGGCAAAAGCUCGCGUCUUCCAGGAACAACUUGAAGCUAAGAUUCCAGCAAAUCUCAGACUCUCACCAGCGAUUCUUGAGGACCCGCCUCUUGAUGUUACUCGCAUCCCCGAGACAUGUGGCUUGCUCACUCUCCAAGAAUUAGCUAUUACCGAGCUGGAUGCAACUGCCGUGUGCCAAAGGAUCGCUGCAGGCAAGCUGACUGCAGUUGAUGCUGUCACUGCCUUUGGAAAACGCGCAGCUAUCGCUCAUCAACUCACGGCUUGCAUAAAACAGGCGCAACAGCUGGACGAGUACUUCCGGAAGGAAGGCAAGGUCAUUGGGCCACUGCAUGGAUUGCCAAUUUCAAUCAAAGGCAUGCUUCCGGUCAAGGGGACAGUUGGGUCUGCAGGCUUCCUCAUGAACAUCGAAACUGCGACCGAAGACUGUGAUAUGACAAGAAUUCUGCGUUCACUCGGAGCAGUAUUUGUAGUCUUCUAUGUCAAGACAAAUCAGCCGCAGACUUUGAUGCACCUUGAGUCCAAGUCUACCUACGGCCGAGUCUUGAAUCCCUACAAUACAGAUCUUACUGCAGGAGGAUCUUCUGGCGGUGAAUCAGCCCUUGUUGCAAUGAAGGGCUCUUGCAUAGGUGUGGGCACCGAUGGCGGGGGAUCCAUUCGAGCCCCAUCCGCCCAUUGUGGUAUAUAUGGGUUCCGUCCAUCUUGUCGGACGACGCCCCUCCAUGGGGUCCUAUGGUAUCAACCUGGUCAGGAUGGAUUCUUCAGUUCUGCAGGCCCAAUGUGUCGCUCAGCACGAGACAUGCGACUUUUCCUUGAAGCUGUGCUUGGAGCCAACCCUGCACUCCUGGAUCCAGACGCGUUGCCAGUGCCACUGAAAGUGCCAGACCUAACCAAGAAGAAACUGCGUAUAGGAAUCAUGAUGCACGACGGGGUUGUGAUGCCCCAUCCCCCAACCAUUCGGGCACUGAAGUGGGCGAAGGCAAAGCUAGAAGCCUCGUCAGAGGUCGAGGUGGUGGACUACCCCCCGUAUGACCACGAUCGCGGAUACAGCAUAGUUCGCGAGCUCUACUUUGAGGAUGGAGGAGCCACAGUUCGACGCAUUCUGAAGGAGAGUGGAGAAGAGAUGCAUCCCCUGACAGAGUGGGUCAUCAGUCCACCACACGUGAGAGAUCAUGAUGCCGCAGAAGUUUGGAAGCUGCGUGAUGAACGUGAUAAUUACAGGAGAGAAUACUCUGAUCACUGGUGGUCCCAAAAUGUCGAUGUCGUCCUUUGUCCACCCUUCCCAGGUACAGCCAGCCGUCAUGACACCGCAAAGUACUGGGGCUACACUGCCAUCUGGAAUUUACUGGACUACCCUGGGACGGCUUUCCCGUCAGGUUUCGUCGCUGACCCAGCCAUUGACAUAUAUCAGGAACCACCCAGCCCAAUGAGCGCGGCGGAUGAGUACAACCUCUCCCUGUAUGAUGCAAUGAAAUUCAAAGGGGCUCCUGUAUCGCUGCAGAUCGUGAGCCGUAUAUACAACGACGGUUUAGUGCUGGCUGCACAGGAAGUAGUUGAACGCAUACUCAAAUCUUAGGCACUCUUAGUGUUGUGAAGCGCAACGAAAACUGAAGCUUGUCUGGAUCGUUACCGUAGAUCAUCUAUGUCAAACCCCAUAUUACUAGUUUCGUCAGCCGGAGCAGAUGUUAGCUGACAGUCUUUUUCCUCUUACCACACCUUAAAUCACCAUUGUCGACCGAG